AAACGACAGUUAUAUAGAAGAUUUCGAUUUAAUUUAAAAUUAAAACUGAAAAGAGACGAAGGUAGCAACAGUCACGCUGGCGGUGAAGAACAUUUCUGUGGCGGAGGAGGAGGAGCAGCUUCCGCUGCUUUCCGAUGCUGAGAAUGACAGAAAUGUUCAAAUCCCAGACACCGCACAUCAGAUUAGCACUGAUUCAUGGUUUCAAGUAGGGUUUGUGCUGACCACAGGAAUCAACAGCGCUUAUGUGCUUGGAUAUUCGGGGACCAUAAUGGUUCCCCUGGGUUGGAUAGGGGGUGUAGUUGGUUUAAUUCUUGCCACAGCAAUAUCCCUCUAUGCAAAUGCUCUUAUUGCUAUGCUCCAUGAAUUUGGAGGAACAAGGCAUAUUCGAUACAGAGAUCUUGCUGGAUAUAUAUACGGUAGAAAAGCAUAUUCCCUCACAUGGGCUUUGCAGUAUGUCAAUCUUUUCAUGAUAAAUGCUGGCUACAUCAUUUUAGCUGGUUCGGCUCUCAAGGCAGUUUAUGUUCUGUUUAGGGAUGACGGUCUGAUGAAGCUUCCAUAUUUUAUUGCCAUAGCUGGAUUUGUGUGUGCAAUGUUUGCUAUUUGUAUUCCCCAUCUUUCGGCUCUUGGAAUUUGGCUGGGAUUUUCAACAGUCUUCAGCCUAGUAUAUAUCGUUAUAGCAUUUGUACUGUCACUUAAAGAUGGAAUAAAAGCACCAGCUCGAGAUUAUAGUAUUCCAGGGACAUCAACAAGUAAAAUAUUUACAACGAUUGGGGCAUCUGCUAAUCUUGUGUUCGCAUAUAAUACAGGAAUGCUUCCUGAGAUACAGGCAACGAUCAGGCAGCCAGUUGUCAAGAACAUGAUGAAAGCCCUAUACUUUCAGUUUACCAUUGGAGUUCUGCCAUUAUAUCUGCUUGCCUUUACAGGAUACUGGGCUUAUGGAUCUUCUACAGCAACCUACUUGAUGAAUAAUGUCAAUGGUCCAGUCUGGGCGAAGGCCAUGGCCAAUAUUGCAGCUUUUCUUCAAUCUAUCAUUGCAUUGCAUAUAUUUGCAAGUCCAAUGUAUGAGUAUUUGGACACCAAACAUGGGAUCAAAGGGAGCCCACUGGCUUUUAAGAACUUGUCUUUUCGAAUUUUGGUAAGAGGUGGCUACCUGACUUUAAAUACAUUUGUAUCGGCUCUACUGCCAUUCCUUGGAGAUUUCAUGAGCCUCACAGGAGCGAUCAGCACAUUUCCCCUUACAUUUAUUCUUGCAAAUCAUAUGUACCUAGUGGCAAAUAAGAACAAACUAACAUCCAUGCAAAAGCUUUGGCACUGGCUCAACAUUUGUUUCUUUGGCAUUAUGUCUCUUGUCGCAACUAUUGCAGCCCUGCGGCUUAUUGCUUUAGACUCCAAAACGUACCAUGUUUUUUCGGAUUUAUGAUUAAAUUCAUCACAUUCUUUCAGCAAUUCUAAUGCUGAUGUUUUGUGCUUCAGAUAUACUUUCAUCAAUAAAA